AUGUGCUACAUUUCAGCAUUCCCGCCCAUGAUCGGUUACUCGACCUCGGUCACUCUCGCCGGCUUCAUCUAUGGCUUCCCUAAUGGCUGGUUCAUAGUCGCCGCAGCCACAAUUCUUGGGGCAACCUCUGCAUUUAUAGCCUGUCGCCAGUUCUUCCAGAACUUUUCGAAAAGGAUGGUCGCUACUGAUAAACGUUUUGCGGCACUAAGUCUCACGCUAAAGCAUGAUGGAAUUAAACUAUUGUGUAUGAUCAGACUGUGUCCACUGCCUUACAGUAUCGGGAACGGUGCGAUGAGCACUUUCCCUACGGUCACGCCAUGGGCGUUUAUGCUGGCCACUGCAUGUGCGACGCCGAAGCUUAUGAUUCACGUCUUCAUUGGCGAGAGGCUAGCAAGGCUAGCAGAGGCAGACCAGAAGAUGGACACCAAGACAAAAUUACUCAAUUACUCCAGCAUCAUUGGAGGUAUACUUCUCGGAGUCCUCACGGGAUGGUUAAUCUAUAAACGUACGAUAAAGCGUGCCAAUCAGCUUGAAGCUGAGGAGCGCGCUCGCAUGCGUGGCACAAUGGUCUCCCCAUCCGGCCGCACGCCAUCAUCAGCCCAAUUCACCGAUGAUGAAUCUCUAGAUCCCCAUGCUGCUACAGCAGCAGGCUUAGUAGCUGGCCUUGUCGAGGGCGACGAACUGGAGCAGGCUGGGAUCUUUAGUGACGUUUCUUCGAGCGAGGAUGAUGGAGAAAGUGAUGAUCUUCUGGGCAGUAGUGAGGAGGAAGCAGGUGAUACGGGAUACGAGGCAGGGAAGGAAGAUAUUUAA